CUAGAGGCGCCCGGACUUGCCCUCCCGGUCCUCACUUCCGCCGGAAGUGACCUCCAGUCACAAUUGCCCUCGCUGCAAGCGCGGGCAUCUGUACCCGGUACUCGGGGUGUGAGUACGACCACAAUGGCCGCCACCACCCUGCUGCGCGCGACGCCCCUCUUCAGCGGUCUCGGUGCCGGCCCAACCCCACUACUGCAGGGCCUGUUGAGGCCGCUGAAAUCCCCGGCACUGCCCCUCUUGUGCCGCGGCCUGGCCGUGGAGGCCAAGAAGACCUAUGUGCGCGACAAGCCCCACGUGAACGUGGGUACCAUCGGCCAUGUGGACCACGGCAAGACCACGCUGACCGCGGCCAUCACGAAAAUUUUAGCCGAGGGAGGUGGGGCCAAGUUUAAGAAGUAUGAGGAGAUUGACAAUGCCCCGGAGGAACGAGCCCGUGGUAUCACCAUCAACGCAGCUCACGUGGAGUAUAGCACUGCUGCCCGCCACUAUGCCCACACAGACUGCCCGGGUCACGCAGAUUAUGUUAAGAAUAUGAUCACAGGCACUGCCCCCCUUGAUGGCUGCAUCCUGGUGGUGGCAGCCAAUGAUGGCCCCAUGCCCCAAACCCGAGAACACUUAUUACUGGCCAAACAGAUUGGAGUAGAGCAUGUUGUGGUGUAUGUGAACAAGGCAGAUGCUGUCCAGGACUCUGAGAUGGUGGAGCUAGUCGAGCUGGAGAUCCGGGAACUGCUCACUGAGUUUGGCUACAAAGGGGAGGAGACCCCGGUCAUCGUAGGCUCUGCCCUCUGUGCCCUUGAGCAACGUGACCCUGAGCUAGGACUGAAGUCUGUGCAGAAGCUGCUGGAUGCUGUGGACACUCACAUCCCGGUGCCCACCCGGGAUCUGGAGAAGCCUUUCCUGCUGCCUGUAGAGUCAGUUUACUCUAUCCCUGGCCGGGGCACGGUGGUGACAGGUACUCUAGAACGUGGGAUUUUGAAGAAGGGAGAUGACUGUGAGUUCCUGGGACAUAACAAGAACAUUCGCACUGUGGUAACAGGCAUUGAGAUGUUCCACAAGAGCCUGGAUAGGGCAGAGGCAGGUGAUAAUCUUGGGGCCCUGGUUCGAGGCUUGAAGAGGGAGGACCUGAGACGUGGCUUGGUUAUGGCCAAACCAGGUUCCAUCCAGCCCCACCAGAAGGUGGAGGCACAGGUUUACAUCCUCAGCAAAGAGGAAGGUGGUCGCCACAAGCCCUUCGUAUCCCACUUCAUGCCUGUCAUGUUCUCCCUGACUUGGGACAUGGCCUGUCGUGUCAUCUUGCCUCCAGGGAAGGAGCUUGCUAUGCCUGGGGAGGACGUGAAGCUUACCCUAAUCUUGCGGCAACCAAUGAUCUUAGAAAAAGGCCAGCGUUUUACUCUGCGAGAUGGCAACCGGACCAUUGGCACUGGCCUCGUGACUGACACACCAGCCAUGACUGAAGAGGACAAGAACAUCAAGUGGAGCUGAGUCUGGACCUCUGCUCAGACUCUUGUGUUCAGGGCUGUGCUGGCCAGUGUUCUCUCCUGCUUCUCAUGCCCCCUUCCCAGGGCAUAGGCUGCAACUAGACUGAUACUUACCCUGGCCAGAGGGGGCCACAUGGCCUGCCAGGUGAGGUAGGUCAAUAAACUGUUCUGUGAAUAGUAAGCUAGCCUGGGUUUUGUGUCCUUUGUGUAAAUUGGAAGGAUGGGGGAGUAUUAAAGGAGCCGGAAGCCCAGGAGGUACCCUGGAGCCAUUUUAACUGUAAGUUCUCUCUCUAGCCUCAGUUCAUCUCAAUGCAAGCUCCUCUUUUUAAAGCUGUCAGCAUUGCUGUGGCAACUUGAGAGAAGCCAAUGGAUUGAAAGCUAGUCUUGUGAGCAUUGUAUGCUACAAUAGAGUAUUACUGGGUAAUUUUGGGGGGAGGUAGUGGGAAAGGAUUUAUCAUUUGGAGCCAGCAUGGGCUCAGCAUUUAAUGUCUAUCUUGUUUAAGCUCUGAUACUGGGGACUGUAUUUUACCUCUAGAACCAGCACCUGGCACAUAAGAGGUGCUUGAUUAACACAUAAUCUGUGCUUAAUGGGUUAUCACCAUCACUAAUUCCAAACAGGCUUGAGAAGUUGUAGAAUGAAGGUUUCACUUUCAAUGUUUGAGAUUUAAAAAGAAAAAUACUAUUUAUCACUCGGAAUAAAAUACUGAGAUUUAAAAUA